AUGGCGACUUCACAUAUGCUCGAGUAUAGCAAGAGCAGCAAAGCACCGUGCCACGGACAGCCGCCAUGUAAAGGCACACCCAUCGAGCUUGGCGCACUCAGGUACGGCGAAGUGACUUUCGGGCAGUACGGAGAGACGGUGAAAUGGAGACACUGGGGAUGCGUUACGCCCGAAAUUCUUGCGAAGCUCGCGCAGACAAAGAUUGAACGCGUCCCGGGAUUCAAGAACCUGAGAUUCGAGGACCAGGCGAAAAUUCGCAUUGCGGCUGGACGGAGACACGUCGACCCCGAGGACGUACCAGAGAGCGCAAAGACAGCUAGUACAAGUGUAGCAUCUGCGGCUGCACCCGCGUCAACGCAGCUGAAGCGCAAGGCGGAGAACGCGCCACAGGCUGGGCCGUCCCAGCCUUCGGCAUCUCAACGCCCCGGAACGAGAACGAUACGCGUCGAUGACGACAUUGAGGAAGUCGUGCCAGAUGAAGAGGAAGCGAAGGACGAGCUAUAUGUUACAUACCGAACCAACAUUGUCGGUGUGCAGUAUUACGCAGGCCUGGUCGGACCUGGAGAAGAAGUGCGGCUUAUUCGAGAGCCGAGGAACCAGUACGAUAGAAAUGCCAUAAAGGUGGAAAAUAUAGGGCGAACGCAAGUCGGACAUGUACCGCGGCAAGACGCUGCGAGAUUUGCUCCCAUGAUGGACCGUGGCGGAAUCACUCUCGAAGGUGUUAUGCACGAAGGCAACUUGGGAGUUCGAGGAAAGACUUAUCAGCUGGCCAUGACAAUUAAGAUCUAUGGCCCUGCGGACAAGAGGGCUCAACUCGAGCCGAAGCUGAUCUGGGCGACGCCCGGCCAGCGUGGUUUCCCGCCCCGGAUAGGCGGCGCACCCGUGCAAGUCCCAGGUGCACCACCUCAACGCCACAACAUCCCACCAGCAUCCGCGUAUGGUGCUGGAUACAUAGGCUCCUACGCUCCGGGCGCGUACGCUGGCGCUGCUGUCCCAGGACACGCAGGCGCAUAUGCGGGGCACCCCAGCAGCCAGCGACCGGUGGCACUCACACCCCAACAACGCGCAGCUCAGGAGGAGGCAGCCAGGAAGCAGCAAGAGGCGCUGGCGAAGGCUUCCGAGCUUCGCGCGAUCCUUAACAGCCUUGAAAAGGUAGAUGACGAAGGGCGGCGGAGCUCGCUGCUCGAUCAGCUCUGCUCGACAGAGGAUGUGCUCAAACUCCCAGAGCACCUGAAUCCUCCUGGGCUUGCUACAGGCGAUUUGAAGGUAAACUUGUUAAAGCAUCAGAGCCAAGCGUUGCAGUGGUGCGUUGAGCGCGAGUAUCCCGAGCUUCCGAAGAAGGAACAGGAUAAGCCUGUUCAAUUCUGGCAAUAUAGAAAGAUUGGUGUCAAACCUUUCUACUUCAAUUUAGCAACGAAGACCCCUCAGACUCAACCUCCGGAGUUGGGUAGAGGUGCACUUUGUGCAGAUAGCAUGGGUCUUGGCAAGACACUUACGAUGCUCGCGCUCAUCCUAUCCACGAAGCUCGAUAUCCCAAUCGACUACUCGAGGACAACUCUCAUAGUUGUGCCGCUCUCCGUACUCUCGAACUGGGAAAAGCAGAUUGAAGACCACGUUAGGGAAGGCGCGCUGUCGUAUUGUGUCUACUAUGGCACCGGACGAAAAAUGACGCCUGAGGAACUAAAGAAGUACGAUAUUGUGCUCACAACGUAUCAGACGGUUGCGAAAGAACACGGUGAUCUUGGCAAGAACGGCGCUAAUGGGCCUAGCCAGAAGAAGCAGAAGACAGAGAAGGGUCUCUUCGACGUGCAGUGGAAGAGGGCUAUUCUCGACGAAGGGCACACCAUUCGGAACUCGAAGACGAAGAUGACGAAGGCUGUCUGUGCUCUUGCUGCCCAGCGGAGAUGGGUCCUUACCGGCACCCCGAUUAUAAACUCGCCUGCAGACUUUGGUUCUAUCCUCAAAUUCUUGCAGAUUUGUAAGCCGCUUGACAACGAAGAUUUCUACAAGCGUAUGGUUUUGCGUCCUCUCAAGGACGGAGAUCCUUCUGGUGUAGAUAUCAUGAAGGGCUUGAUGAGCCAGAUCUGCAUUCGCCGUACAAAGGAGAUGCAAGACAGUGAGGGCAAUCAUCUAGUGCCAUUACCUCCGGUCGAUAUCACUGUUGUCAAAGUCUCACUCACUGACGAAGCUCGCGAGUUGUACGAUGCCAUCGACAUAGUUUCGAAGGAACGUGUAGGUAAGCUUAUCGAGCGCCACGGAGGCCUUGGAAACGCAGCGGUCACCUCGAACGUCCUCAGCAUGCUCACACGCUUGCGACAACUCGCUUUGCAUCCUGGACUUCUGCCUCCCAACUACCUGGAGCAUCUGCGCAAUGCUGCUGAGAACGAUGACAACCCUGCGCCCGCGAUUCACCUGACUCAGGAGGACAAAGUUCGACUUCAAGGACUGCUUGCACAAGCGAUUGAGGAUAAUGAAGAGUGUCCGGUCUGCUUUGGUAUCGUCGACGAGCCUCGGAUUACCAGCUGCUCGCAUGUAUUCUGCUUGGCAUGCAUAACCGAAGUCAUCUCGAGAGAUCCGAAAUGUCCCAUGGACCGCCGUCCGAUCACCAUGGGUGACCUCAUCGAGCCACCUCCGCCGACAGCAUUCACUCAAGCCCCUGUGCGGCGAGAGAAAGAGGACCCCGAUAAUCUCCGUGUUGGAUCUUCAGCUAAAAUCGAGCAGUUGAUACACCUCCUGAAGUUGACCCCGGGCACGGAGAAGUCACUAGUCUUCUCACAGUUCACCUCUUUUCUGGACAAGAUCGCUGAGAAGCUGGACGAGGCUGGUAUAGCUUAUGUCCGUUUCGACGGAGGCAUGUCAGCGAAAAGGCGCCAAGAGACUAUCGCGCGUUUCUCUGUUCCCAUCGCAGAGGACGGGUCCCCUGCUCUCGCCCUGACACAGGCCCCGACUGCUUCUCAAGCUUCCCGUUCUACUCGUGUCCGCCGCAAGAGCAGUCGCAAUGUCUCCUCGGACGUUCUUGAUUUAACCGCAGAUAGUGAUGGAGACGCAGACUUCGUCGCGCCUGCUGAUGAGUCAGAUGACGACAGCUUCAUCGACGAUUUCGAGGACGAGCGGCCCAAGAAGAAAGGGAAGGGCAAAGGGAAAGGCAAAGCUAACGGCAAGCGCAAAGCUUCUACGCCCAAGUCUAAUUACCACUUUGCUCUUCCGGACGGCGCGAACCCCAAGAUCAUGUUGAUCUCGUUAAAGGCGGGUGCGCUUGGUCUCAAUUUGACCGUGGCGAAUAACGUCUACCUAAUGGAUCCAUGGUGGCAAGAAGGAAUCGAGUCUCAAGCCAUCGACCGUUGUAACAGAAUCGGUCAGACGAAGCCAGUUCAUGUUUACCAGCUGAUUGCUGAGGAUACGGUCGAGUCCAAAGUUCUGGAUAUCCAAGAGAAGAAAAAGAAACUUAUUCAACAGGCGUUCUCCGGUAUCAAAAGCAAAGAGACACAGAGACAGAAGAAGGAAGCCAGGCUUCAGGAGAUUGUCCAACUAUUCGGCCUUCGCGAGGGCCAGGCUUCUCAAGACGCUGGAACCGACGGCCAUCGCACCUUAGACGAGUUCACUGCGUAA